AAGGCGGGGAAGCGGCAGCGACGGUGAUGGGUGUCAUGCAGUGCUGCACCUGUUCCUGAAAGCCGCCUGCAGGAGCCUGCGGGCCACACCAGCAUCGUCUCUACCAGAGGUGUAGAGCGCGAGGCAUACCAUGGUGAAGGCCUACCUGCGGUACGAGCUUGCGGGCUCGUGGGGCGUCAUCAACAGCCCCGGCUGCAACGUGUGCUACGACCGCUCCGGCCGCCACCUGCUCACCGCCUCGCUGGAGAAUGUGUCUGUGUGGAACAUCAAGCAGGCGGUGGUGGCCAAGACCCUGACCCCACCCAUCUCGCAGUCGGGCAAGGCGGCGGGGGAGGUGACGCAGAUAGCGGCCUCCCCCUCCGCCAACCAGGUGGCCGUGGGCCACGCAGACGGAACGGUGCGGCUGUGGGACCUGGACAGCGGCGAGUGCGCCGCCACCUUCAGCGGCCACCGCAAGGAGGUGUCGGCGCUGCGCUUCAGCCGCGGCGGCGCCCUGCUGGCCUCCGGCUCCAAGGACACAGACGUGGUGGUGUGGGAUGUGGCGGGGGAGGCGGGACUGUACCGCCUGCGGGGACACAGGGGGCAGGUGACCGACCUCGUGUUUGUGGAGCGCGGCAGCCGGCGGCUGGUGAGCUGCUCCAAGGAUGAGCAGGUCAAGGUGUGGGACUUGGACACGCAGCACUGCUGCCAGACGGUGGUGGGGCACAGGGGCGAGGUGUGGUCGCUGGAUGUGGACCCAUCAGAGACGCGGCUGGCCACCGGCUCCUCCGACGCCGAGCUGCGCGUGUACCAGAUCAAUGCUGAGGUGGACGAGGAUGGCGAUGACGUGGCGAUGACAGACGCGCCCGGCGCCGCAGCGGGCGCAGGCCAGCAGGCGGCUGGGCAGGGGGGCGGCCGCGCCGCGGCCGGCAGCAGCUUCCUGGCGCCCAUGGGCAGCGUGCGGCGGCAGGCGGGGGAGCGGGCGGAGACGGUGCGGUACGCGUCGGUGCCGGGGCCGCACGGCGGCGUGCUGCUGACGUGCCAGAGCGCGGGCAAGGUGACGGAGGUGUACCGCGUGCGCAGCGAGGCCGAGGCAGCCAAGAAGAUGAAGCGGCGGCGCAAGCGGCGGCGGGAGAAGGCGGAGAAGCGGGAGAAGGCGGCGGCGGCGGGGGGGCAGGCGCCCGAGGAGGAGGCGGGCGAGGAGCCCGACCGCCUGACAGCGGGCGACGAGCUGCAGCUGGUGGCCGCCAUCCGCUCCAAGCACAAGGCGCGCUCGUGUGCGGUGGUGCCCGCCGCGUCGGCGAGCGGCGGCGCGGGGCGCCGCGCCGCGGCCUCCAGCCACGUCGCCUCCCUCGUCCUCGCCCUCACCAACAACUCUCUGGAGGUGUGGGACGUGAGGGAGGGCGGGGAGCAGGGCGAGGGCGGCGCGGGGGCCAGCGGCGCCGCCGACAGGGCGCAGGUCAUCGACCUGCCGGGCCACCGCUCGGACGUGCGGGCGCUGGCGCUGGCCAGCGACGACUCCCUGCUCCUGUCCGCCUCCAACAACUGCGUCAAGGUGUGGAACCCGCGGUCGGGCGCCUGCCUGCGCACCGUGCCCAGCGGCUACGGCCUGUGCGCGCUGUUUGCGCCCGGCAACCGGCACGCGGUGGUGGGCACCAAGGAGGGCGGCAUCGAGAUCUUCGACGUCGCCACAUCCUCGCGCGUCGCGGUGGUCGGCGCCCACACCGGCGCGGUGUGGUCCCUGGCGCCCCUCCCCGACUCCUCUGGCUUUGUCAGCGGCAGCGCCGACCACGACAUCAAGUUCUGGGAGUGGGGGGUGGCCGCAGACCCAGACACGGGUGCCAAGCAGCUGGCCAUCACAAACACGCGGUGCGCGGCGCCCCUGCACAUCUCUGGGGCCCCGCCACCUCCUGGCCAGGCCCCUCCCUGGGCUGUGCCCUCCUUGGGGACGCGCGAUGCUGUGCCAGCAGCGUUCUUCCUCUCCCUCUACGGCCACAAGCUGCCCGUCCUGUCCAUGGACAUCUCCUCGGACUCCACGCUGCUGGUGACUGGGUCGGCGGACAAGAACAUCAAGAUCUGGGGGCUGGACUUUGGGGACUGCCACCGCUCGCUGUUUGCCCACGGCGACAGCGUCAUGGCGGUCGCCUUUGUGCCCAACACGCACUACCUCUUCACCGCGGGCAAGGACCGGCUGAUCAAGUAUUGGGAUGUGGACAAGUUUGAGCAGCUGCUGACGCUGGAGGGGCACUGCGCAGAGGUCUGGUGCCUGGCUGUGGGCAGCCUGGGUGACCUGCUGGUCAGCGGCAGCCACGACCGCAGCCUGCGGCGCUGGGAGCGCACCGACGAGCCUUUCUUUGUGGAGGAGGAGAAGGAGAGGCGGCUGGAGUCGCUGUUUGAGGGGGACCUGGAGGCCGCCGACCGCGCGCCGUUGGGGCAGGAGGACCCCGGAGAGGAGGGCGCCGUGGGCACCGCUGGGCGCAAGACGCUGGAGACUGUGACCGCCGCCGACGACAUCAUUGAGGCUCUGGACCUGGCGACGGACGAGGAGGAGCGGGGGCGGGAGUACGAGCAGGAGAAGGCGUCCAACCCCAAGGCCAAGCCGCCCGUGCCCAACCCGCUGCUGCUGGGCCUGAGCCCCAGCGCCUAUCUGCUGCGGGUGGUGGGCCGCGUGCGCAGCAGCGAGCUGGAGCAGGCGCUGCUGCUGCUGCCCUUCACCGACGCGUUGCACCUGCUGGGCUACAUCGUGGGCUGGCUGCGCGUGGGCACGCAGGUGGAGCUGCUGUGCCGCGUGGCCACGCUGCUGCAGCGCCUGCACAUGCAGCAGCUGGUGGGGACGCCCAGCGCCAAGCCGCUGCUCAUCGAGCUGCAGCAGCUGCUGCGGCAGCGGGUGCAGGAGGCCAAGGACAUGAUGGGCUACAACCUGGCGGCCAUGGAGCACCUGCAGCGCAGCCUGCGGGAGCGGCAGGCGCUGCCACCCGCCGCCGCCGCCGCCACCGCCGCCGCCGCCGUGCUGCCGCUCAAGCGCAAGGUGGCAGAGGCGGCGGGGCCGCGGUGA